GUCGCCCACGACCCGUCUCCAAAACCCCCAAUUCCCAAUCUCAAACCCUCCAAAAACCCUAACAACUCCAGACUCACAGAGCUUCCACCAAAACCAGAACAACCAGAAAUGGGAAAGAUGUCUCCCUCAGUACGUUCACUAGUAUCAACCUCCCUCAUCAGAAAGCCACCUUCUUUAUCCCCAAACCAAUCCCCAUCUCAUAAACCCCAUAACUCUCAGACCCACCUCACCAGAAAAACCCCACCUCAAAAUUCCGGCAAAACCCAACUCCAACUCCAACUCCAAACCCAGACCAAGAACCCAUUCACCUCCCCAAACCUCUCAGACGCCAAAAGGGUCUUCAACUCCAUCGCCACCGCAACAAAAACCCCUCUCGAUCUCCGCGUCCACAACGCCCUCCUCCAAUCCUACGCCGCAAUCUCCACCGUCAACGACUCCAUCGCUCUCUUCAACCACAUGAUCAAAACCCAACCCGCAUUCUCGCCGGACCGGUCCACCUACCACAUCUUGCUCGCCCAGUCCUGCACCGUACCCGAUCAGACCCUCCAAUCUGUUCACCAAGUCCUCAACUUUAUGCUCAACAAUGGCUUCCACCCAGAUAAGGUCACCACCGACAUUGCCGUCCGGUCACUCUGCUUGGCCGGACACGUGGACGAGGCAGUGCAAGUGAUGAAGCAAAUGUCGUUGAAAAACGCGGUACCGGAUACUUAUACUUACAAUUUUCUUGUCAAGUGUCUCUGCAAGUCGCGAGUUUUGAGUACUGUUAAAGAGUUUAUUGAUGAUAUGCGAAAGUCUUUCGAUUUGAAGCCGGAUUUGGUUACUUAUACGAUUAUGAUUGACAAUGUAGCUAAUAGCAAGAAUUUACGUGAGGCUAGCCGAUUAGUGAAGGAGUUAGAUAAGGAGGGGUUUAAGCCGGAUUGCUAUGUUUACAAUACGAUUAUGAAAGGCUAUUGUAUGCUGAGUAAGGGUAAUGAGGUGGUUCAGGUGUUGAAGGACAUGCAGGAGAAUGGAGUGGAGCCUGAUCUUGUUACAUAUAAUACUCUGAUUUUUGGGUUGUCGAAGUGUGGCAGGGUUAUGGAGGCGAAGAAGUAUUUGCGGAUCAUGGUGGACAUGGGGCAUUUCCCCAACGAGGUGACUUAUACUUCAUUGAUGAAUGGAUUGUGUCGGAAGGGGGAUGCAUUGGGUGCAGUGGCAUUGUUGGAGGAGAUGCAAGCGCAGGGGUGCAGCCCGAAUGAGUGCACCUAUAAUACCUUGCUUCAUGGGUUGUGUAAGGGAAGGUUGUUAGAGAAAGGGCUGGAAUUGUAUGGACUGAUGAAAAAAGAUGGGAUGAAGCUUGACACGGCUUCGUAUAGUACACUUGUGAGGACACUUUGUAGGGCAGGCAGGGUUGCAGACGCUUAUGGAGUGUUUGAUUAUGCAGUUGAGAGUAAGAGCUUAACAAAUGUUUCUGCUUACUUGACUUUGGAAAGUACAGUUAAGCAGCUUAAGAAAGCACGACCUUGAUAUAUCACGGUUUUGUUAUGGGGAUGUUUUAGGUUGUUGUGCUAGAGUUGUCAAGACUCAUCCUUGGUGAAGCAAAGAAGGUUGCAUGUCAGAUUAGCACUCUAUCAAAUCUAUCUGCUUCUAGCCAACCAAGUGACCAACUCUCUCCAAGGAACUCCAAACUCCAAAUAGUCCCAAAUGGAAGGUCCCGGACAUGAGUCACUGGAACUGUGAUCCAUGUCUUGCAAUGUAAUUCGUGAUGCUGGAAAUAGUGGAGCACCUAGUGGAGCCAGAUUAACCGACUGACAUCAGCCACCUUUUUAAGCUUAAUUUCCACUUCUUUGGUUUAACCAUCCGGAGCAAAAGUUCUGCCCUCAGCAAGUUGCCCUCCAACAAAACACCCUGGUGUCAGCAGAACUUCUCUCGCUUAUCGCUAUUGGCAUCAGACACUAUCUUCUAUUGAUUGUUGAUGAGCUACUAAUGCAGAGCUGUACUUGUCUGUUGGUAACCAUAUAACACAGAUUGUUGUUGUCAAAUUGCCUUUUCGUGAUGGGAUUGUACAGAAGGCGUUUCUGAAGGUCGUCUAUCUAUUAUCCAUAGACCAUAGUUGUGAUAUUGCCUUUUUGAAUUCAGAUACAAGGAUUAGAAUAAGCCCCGAUUGAUAUUUGUCUGUUACAGACUCAAGAACUAUGUUAGAUAUAAUAUCCUUUGCUCGAUCGCAAAAGUAGAUACUUGUCUAUAUAUACAUUUUCAGACUCAACCACUGGAUGAGAUAUAUAAUCCGC